GGUGUUUAGUUUUAUUGCGUCAUCCUCCACGAAAUAAAGAAUCCAAUCAAUGUCGACUCCGGCCGACCCACCCUCUCCAUUUUACGACUGCGAAGAUUUAAGCGCCAUUAAAAUGGAGCAGUUUCGUGAACUCAUGGACGCCUUGGCGCUGGAUUCCGACCUGGACUUUGCCUACCAUCUUCAACUCGAAGAAGCUCUCGCCGCAUCACUCGCUUCUCAAGCUCCCGCUUCCUCUUCCUCCUCAAUUCUACGCUCAGAACUUCAAGAAUUCGAACGGGAUGAUGAUUUUUCCGGAAUCGGCUCUCUUCACGCCCAGGACGUCGCGAAAUCUGAUCAAAUAUUUCAAGACUGGCUUCAAUGCCAGUUCGAGAUGCGCAGGACUGGCGGGGAACUUCACCGUCGGAUUCACGAUCACGGUUUCGCGAGGGAGAUCUUUAACAUUCGCGAUGACGACUGGAGUGAGUGCGGAGACACUUUUCAGAAACCCUUCGGUGAGGGCAGCUCGAAGGGCGUCGAGAACCAGGGAUUUUCUAGUCUCUAUUUCAAGGGUCUGGUAAGCGAGGAAGGGAUUGGAAAUGAGAGACGUGCUGUGGUUGGAAUCGGCGUUGCUAUUUGCGAUCCAGAGGAUAAAUUAGUCUUCGAGAUGAAAAAACCCCUAAUUGGAAACGAAAGGAGCAAGAUAGUGGCUGAGGUUAAGGCUUUGAUCGAAGGACUGAACGCAGCAAUGGGUUUGAAAUUGAAGCGCCUUCGUUUUUACUGCGAUUACUAUCCUCUUUAUCAAUUUGUUACUGGAAAAUGGCCACCCAAGCAGCGUAAGAUUGCUGUGCUACUUAGUCAGGUAACUCAUCUUCAAAUAUGUUUCGACUCUUGCAAGCCCAAGCUUGUGGCUCGACAUGAUAUUAAGUUUGCAUUCAAACUAGCAAGAGAUGCAAUAGUUACCGAGAUAACCCGAACUGAAGGUCCUGCCCUGAAGAAGAAGCUAAAUGAGGCUUGUGUUAUUUGUUUGGAGGAUUGUGAUGUUAAUAGAAUGUUUGCGGUUGAUGGCUGCUUGCAUCGGUACUGCUUUUCUUGUAUGAAACAACAUGUGGAGGUGAAAUUACUUCAAGGAUUGGUGCCCAAGUGUCCACAUGAUGGCUGUAAGUUUGAUCUUAAUGUCGAUAGCUGUGCAAAAUUCUUGACACCUAAAGAUAUGGCUACUAUGCGCCAACGCAUUAAAGAAGCUUCCAUACCUGUUUCUGAGAAAGUUUAUUGUCCAUAUCCAAAAUGCUCGGCUCUAAUGACAAAAGACGAGGUCUUGGAAUACACUAGAGAUGUCCUUGGUGGUGCCAACCAAUCUGGAGUACGGAAAUGCAUGAAGUGUCAUGGUCUUUUCUGCAUCAACUGCAAGGUUCCUUGGCAUAAUCGCGUUUCGUGCAAUGACUAUAAAAGGUCAAAUAAUCCCGCAUCUGAAGAUGUGAAAUUAAAGUCCCUGGCAUCGACGAAUCUGUGGCGCCAAUGUGUGAAGUGUAAUCACAUGAUUGAACUUGCUGAAGGUUGCUAUCACAUGACUUGCAGAUGCGGUCAUGAGUUUUGCUAUAAAUGUGGAGGAGAGUGGAAAGAUAAGAAGGCGACAUGUUCUUGUCCACUUUGGGCCGAGGAUCGCAUCUGGUACAAUGACAAUAACAGAGACUUCGAUGAUGACGAUAUAUACACUGAUGAAGAAGAGGAAGAGUUUUAUGAUUCCGAUGAUGAGUGCUAUUAUAUUUGAUCAAAAGCCAUCCUCUAUGCUCUAGUUCAGUCUUCAACAUCACUCAAAUGAUCCAACCCAACCUUGGGAUUUUGAUUUUUUUCUCUCUCCCCUGUAAAUUGCCUGUCCAUAUAUGCUGACAUACUUGAAACUUUGAAAUGAUUCACAUGUUCAGGUGUAACUUCUGUUGGGACAAUCCCACAUGAUCUCCUAUUUUGGUUACAGGUUUUAAUCACUGAAGUUUGCUUCCCCAUCUGGUGUGAAGCUUUAAUUUUA